UGGGCUGUCUGGCUGGGGAGAGGAAGACAAGGCGUCAACAGAGAAGGCAUGCAGAUACGGUUGGAAAUGCAACGUUUGGCAUUACUCAUUUAACUGUCUAAAUGUGUCUGUCAUUAAAUUCAAACCUGUUUCGUGUGGAUAUUUAGGUUCAGGUGACGCCGGACAAGACAGAACGUCGGGGCUGUGGCACAGCAGUGGCACUGAGCGAUUAUAGCAGUGCUUUCCGUGUAGCCCUGCUGUUCUCAACCCAGAACAAUUUGACAGCUCGUGCGGUAAACGUGCAGUGGGAAGCCAGUAGACCAAUUUGUUGCCUUUUACAAUGGCAGGAUAAUGUUGGAGAAUAACUGGGAGGCAUAGCACUCUCUGAUGUGAUUACGCACGCCCAUAACACCGGCGUGGAAACUCGCUGUUUGCAAUUUACGGGAAUAACUUAACUUGAGUGCAUAGGCUUCAAUGUCUCUCCGUCGCUUCUCGGGGGUCUCCGGCUUUGCUGGUGGGGGCGCCGUGAUGGAAACAUCCGGGGCUGUGGAAGGCGGCAGAGAACUGUUCGAGGCCUGUCGAAACGGAGAUGUGGAGCGAGUGAAAAAGCUCGUCAAUCUGGAUAAUGUAAAUAGCCGCGACACAGCGGGCAGAAAAUCCACCCCUCUCCACUUUGCCGCAGGCUUUGGUCGCAGAGACGUGGUGGAGUUCCUCCUGCAGAACAGGGCGGAUGUGCAUGCCCGUGACGACGGGGGUCUCAUCUCCCUGCACAACGCCUGCUCGUUCGGUCACGGUGAGGUCGUGAGGCUGCUCCUCCAUCACGGAGCAGAUGCCAACUCCAGAGACAACUGGAACUACACCCCGCUCCAUGAAGCUGCCAUCAAGGGCAAGAUCGACGUGUGCAUAAUGCUGCUUCAGCAUGGGGCUGAGCCGACCAUAAGAAACACUGACGGGAGGACAGCACUGGACCUGGCUGACCCAUCUAUUAAGGCUGUGCUCACAGGUGACUACAGAAAGGAUGAACUCCUGGAGAGUGCCAGGUGUGGAAAUGAGGAGAAACUGAUGACGCUGCUUACGCCUCUGAAUGUCAACUGCCAUGCCAGUGAUGGGAGGAAGUCGACUCCACUGCAUCUGGCUGCGGGCUACAACCGCGUGAAGACAGUCCAGCUACUGCUUCAGCACGGGGCUGACGUCCACGCUAAAGAUAAAGGUGAUCUGGUGCCUCUUCAUAAUGCCUGCUCUUACGGACACUAUGAAGUGACAGAGCUGCUGGUGAAGCAUGGGGCCUGCGUAAAUGCCAUGGACCUGUGGCAGUUCACUCCGCUGCAUGAGGCCGCCUCUAAGAACCGCAUCGAGGUCUGCUCCCUGUUGGUGAGUUACGGCGCUGACCCCACCUUCCUCAACUGCCACAACAAGAGCGCCAUUGACCUGGCUCCCACCAGUCAGCUCAUGGAGCGCUUAGCAUACGAGUUCCGUGGGCACGCCUUGCUGCAGGCGGCUCGGGAAGCAGACCUGGCGCGCCUCAAGAAGCACCUCUCCCUGGAGACCGUCAAUUUCAAGCACCCCCAGACCCACGAAACCGCCCUGCAUUGUGCAUCAGCAUCACCCUACCCCAAAAGAAAACAGAUCUGUGAACUCCUGCUGAGGAAAGGAGCCGGUGUGAACGACAAGACAAAAGACCUCCUGACUCCUCUCCACCUGGCUGCAGAGAAGUCUCAUAAUGACGUGAUCGAGGUGCUGGUGAAGCAUGGGGCGAAAGUGAAUGCCGUGGAUCCCCUGGGCCAGACGGCUCUGCACCGGGCAGCUCACUGUGGCCACCUGCAGACAUGUCGUCUGUUGCUUGGCGCCGGCUGUGACCCUCUACUGACCUCACGGCAGGGCUUCUCUCCCUCCCAGCUGGGAUCACACAGUGUCCAGGAGGUGCUGCAAGAGGGAAUUUUGGUGGGGAGCUCAGACACAGACUGGCAGCUUCUGGAAGCUUCUAAAUCAGGAGACCUGGAUGUAGUAAAGAAGCUGUGCACGCUGCAGAAUGUGAACUGCAGGGAUGUGGAGGGCAGGCAGUCCACCCCUCUGCACUUUGCCGCCGGCUACAACAGGGUGGGCGUCGUGGAAUACCUGCUGCAGCAUGGGGCCGACGUACACGCCAAAGACAAAGGUGGUCUGGUGCCCCUGCACAACGCCUGCUCCUAUGGGCACUACGAGGUGGCCGAGCUGCUGGUCAUCCACGGCGCCGUGGUCAAUGUGGCCGACCUGUGGAAGUUUACGCCGCUGCAUGAGGCUGCCGCCAAGGGCAAAUACGAGAUCUGCAAACUAUUGCUGCAGCAUGGUGCAGACCCAACCAAGAAGAACAGAGACGGGAACACGGCUCUGGACCUGGUGAAGGACGGGGACACGGACAUCCAGGACCUGCUGCGGGGCGACGCCGCACUGCUGGACGCCGCCAAGAAGGGCUGCCUGGCCCGCAUCAAGAAGCUGUGCACCCAGGCCAACGUCAACUGCAGGGACACACAGGGACGCCACUCCACUCCGCUGCACCUUGCUGCGGGCUACAACAACCUGGAGGUGGCAGAGUAUCUCCUGCAGCACGGAGCUGACGUGAACUCACAGGACAAAGGAGGCCUGAUACCCCUACAUAAUGCUGCCUCAUAUGGGGCGGAUGACGUUCGGGCACUGCUGACUGCCGCCAUGCCCCCGUCAGCACUGCCCGCCUGCUACAAGCCGCAGGUCAUCAGCGUGCCUGCCUCUGUUGGCACUGUGCCCCCCGCCCUCUCCUCCAGCGCCCCUGCAUGCCCGGUGCCUUCCACCGUAGCCUUGGAUGCCCAGGGCUCAGGCUUCCCUGAGCUGCCCUCCCUGCUGGCGCCCUCAGGGGCAGAUGGGGCUGUAUAUGUGGAGAAGAAAGAGGAAGAUGCUGGAAUGGACCUGAGCAUCAGCCAGUUCCUACACAACUUGGGCCUGGAGCACCUGCUGGAGAUCUUCAAUCGGGAGCAGAUCACUCUGGACGUGCUAGUGGAGAUGGGCCACAAGGAGCUGAAGGAGAUCGGCAUCAACGCAUACGGCCACCGCCACAAGAUCAUCAAGGCUGUGGAGAGACUGCUGAGCGGACCACAGAGUCUAAACCCAUAUCUGCCUCUGAACACAGCCAACAGUGGGACCAUCCUCAUAGACCUGGCAGCAGACGACAAAGAAUUCCAGUCAGUGGAGGAAGAGAUGCAGAGCACCAUUAGAGAGCAUAGGGAUGGUGGACAUGCAGGAGGGGUCUUCAGCAGGUACAACAUAGUGAAGAUCCAGAAGGUGUGUAAUAAGAAGCUGUGGGAACGCUACACCCACCGCAGGAAGGAGGUGUCUGAGGAGAACCACAACCACUCCAACGAGCGCAUGCUCUUCCACGGCUCACCGUUCGUGAACGCUAUCAUCCACAAGGGCUUUGAUGAGCGGCAUGCAUACAUCGGGGGCAUGUUCGGCGCGGGCAUCUACUUUGCGGAGAACUCCUCCAAGAGCAACCAGUAUGUUUACGGCAUUGGGGGUGGCACUGGAUGCCCCCUGCACAAGGACAGAUCCUGCUACAUCUGCCAGAGACAUCUCCUGUUCUGUCGGGUGACCCUGGGGAAGUCCUUCCUGCAGUUCAGUGCCAUGAAGAUGGCCCACUCUCCUCCAGGGCAUCACUCAGUCACGGGCAGGCCCAGCGUCAACGGCCUGGCCCUGGCCGAGUACGUCAUCUACAGAGGAGAGCAGGCCUAUCCCGAGUAUUUAAUCACCUACCAGAUCCUGAAGCAAGAGUCAGCAGCAGACUGAAUGUUCUUGAGAUGAAUAGAAAGGAGGAUAAGGGCUGGGGGGGGGGCAGCUAACAGGAUCAACCACCCCCCUUCUGCCCUCAGCUCUGCAGCUUUACCACAGACAACCUGGCGCACACCUCUCUACACCAACAGCACCCCAUCACAUGGCUAACUCGGUACCCGACAGUAUUCUCCUCUUGUGCCCACCACCAUAAACUGUGACUCCUGUGUAACAAUGCAUCGAGGCUCUCAGGGUUAGACUCUCUGAACAGCAGUCGGUACACACCAGUGACACUUCUUUGAACUCCUUGGCUGCUUCUUAGAAUUUGUUUCUAAUGCCGCUUUCACAUGGCUGCAUAUUUUCAGCUCCGAAAUGGCUGGCAGUAACUCAGUCCUUAAUGAGGAUUCACAGGCCGCAUGUAAAGGGGUCUGAACAAGUAUGCGAAUCCAACAGAGGUGGAAAGUGUCCAACAGAACAGUACGUUGCUAUGGUUAUGCUGUAAACAAUCAUUUCAAUCGUCACCAUUUCCGCAUAAUCUGACGAUAUUUUCAAAAGCAUUUUGUUGGUCCGUAAGUAUGACAGAUGGUUUAAUUCAGGUUAUACUAACUGUCAAUUCACCGUAACUUCACAGUCCUAACAGUCCGACAAAUUCCCAUUGGUCCGUCCAUACACUAGUCAUUCAUCUGCGGCAGUCUCUGCCUAAUGAUUGAGCAGAAUGUUACACUAUUAGGUGAUGCAGUGAUAAUAUAGCCUACAUAUUAGGCCCAUAAUGGAUUUACACAGUGUGUGACAUACACAGUGGUAAUUGAGGGGUCUCCCUAUGGACCCUUUCAAGAGAGUUCCAUUAUCAGCAUCAUAGUUGGCCCCACAAGACUUCCUUUUUAACAUUCCAUAUGUUAUCUUAAUGCAGAGGAAGUAGAUUGGGGCCCAAAUAGAACGUUCAAGCAUACAUCUCCUAUUCCAUCCUGUGCACUAGGAGAGUGGCACAUCCAAACAGCCUAAUUGGGUAAAAACGUGCUUUGUUAAACAGUGCAGCAAGUGUCAGUUACCAACUCAGGUCAACUUUAGGCCUACUAAUUUAAACAAGUAUUCAAAUUAAAAAGUCAAAAGAGUAGUAUACAUCGCACACUGGAGGGUAUAUUUUGCUGACUUUAUUUGGCGUGAACAACGCGUUUCGCAAGUUGCUUCAUCAGGUUCACGAUCAGGUGGUUAUACUGCACACCAUCAGCACUUGGAGCAAGAAGAGCUGUGCACAGGGAUUUUGACCUUUGAAGUAUUCAAAUUAAUUAUAUUGAAAGGAAUCUACUGAGAGGUAAAUUUAUCUUUGUUCAUCAUCCAUCGUUGCUGAAACAGGCACAGAAAUGGGCGAUGGCAGAAGUGCCGCUAUCAGUAUCAAGUAGGCUAUAGCCUAAACAAUGGGAGUUCACAUUUGAAAUAGCCUAAUAACAGCCAAUGUGGGGAGGAUUUCUGUUCCUACAUGGCAACGCUGUCCAUUGAUCUUUGUUAAGCGCUGCAGCAGAUUUUUGUGUCUAAAUGGACAUCAGCGCAUCUUUCUCUGGGUUACGUCGAUUUGACUGUACUUAAAUUUGCAUGCACAUUAUUUAUACAGUGUAUAAUUGUGCUUUUCACUUCGUUUUUUACAUUUGUUUUGAUUUAAUUUUCAGCACUUUGUAAACUUCAAUUGGAAGGGUAUGCACAUUUUUGUCUGUGUCGGUGUUGGUAGUAAUUUAUCGUAAACAGGCAAAUGUUGUUGCAAAGUCUCAAAACACUGUCACUCAGCUUUGGAAGGUGCAUUGCAGUGAAGCCAGUGAUUGAAGUACAUUAUGUUAUUUAUUUUAAUGAAGAUUAUGUGUAUAUUUUUUGUACUUAGCAUGUUAUGUAAAUUGAAGUGUACACGGACGCUUUCGAUUCUUAAAUGACUGUUGGAGGCAAAGCAGUCCUCCCCAUCCCUGGCAAGACUAAAUCCACUCCUCUCAUAGAAGCAACUGGCUGUCCAUAUACACACACGCACAUGCGCACACACACACGCACACACACACAAAAACGAACGGUGAUGACAAUAAUUUGUUGCCCUGGCAACGGCCACCAAGCAUUCUCUGAAGGAGGAGAUAAUUGUCAAGGCGUCUUGUCGGAGCGCCGUGUGGUCCGUCUCUUGCCUUAGCAGAAUCGUCCACUAUCAAUCAACCUCCGACGUCUCCUCUGCCAGCACCACCACAGCUCCUCGAGAAGCUCCUCUCCACCCAGACGCUUUCAUGUAAAGCAAUUUUACAUCAAACAUAUACCAAGGGACGCACACUGCAAAAGCAGGAGUCACUCUACCCAGGAACUUGACCUCUGACCUGAUCUCUGGCGCCACGUUUGCGCUUUGCUAAGCAAUCGAAGCAGCAGUAUACAGACGGGUCCAUUUACAGUUGCGAACUGGCUUCAAUCUCAUUCAUUCAGCAGACACAAUGGUGGUUUGUGCAAAAAUGAAUGUGUGUUAUGUAUGAGAGUGGCUUACUGCCUUAAUUGUAUGGGAAGACUUUUGUGUGGUUUAAACCAUGUCUUCAAACUGGAUGCACUGUGGAGUAUAUAGAGCUGUUGAAGUUCACUAAUGAAACCCCUGUGAUCCUCCUCUGGCUGUCAUCUUCAGUCAUGCAUGGUGAUGUCUCUGAAUUGUUCCUGUGGUGUUGUGUUUCGGGAAAUAAAACAGUCAAACUGUUUGAACUUCA